GUGCUGAUGAAAAUGUCCUCCACUGUAACUUUGGAUUGGUAAAUGCUUCCACUUUCAGGACUGGUACCAAGCAGCUGGACCCGACAUGAAGACGCUGGCUCUGCAUGUGUUUCUUUUACUGGGACUGAGCUGGACCUGGACUAACCAAGCAGCUUCUGGUGACCCGUGGGGGCAGUGCCCGGCCAGCAGGAAGUGUAAGGACAAGUUUGGGGAUGGAUCAUGUGACAGAGAGUGUAUGGAGCCCGAAUGUCUCCGAGACGGCCUGGACUGCCUGAAGGACAGAAGCCACUGCAAUCCAGGCCACAUCCCGUACUGCAGCAACCACUACGCCAAUUCCCAGUGUGACAAAGGGUGCGAUAGCGCCCCGUGCGGGUGGGACGGCAGCGACUGCUUUGCCCACCAGAGCCCCCUGUGGGCCAAGGGCACCCUGGUGGUGCACACCCGCAUCGCUCAAAAAGGUGGCGCAUUCACCAACACGACGCUGCUGUGGGCGCUCAGCGUGCUCCUGCGGACGCCGCUCAAGCUCAGGGGCUCGGCGCCGCUCGCUGCCAACAGGAAAUUGUUUGACUUUGACCCCCAGCAGCUGGUCGACUUGCUGGCGCAAACCGUGCCAGCGGACUCAGACGGCUCCCUGCUUUUCCUCCAAGUGGACAACCGCCCGUGUUCCCGCCAGCCCUCCACCUGUUUUCCACACGCCACCGAGGCCGCCAGCUUUCUUCGCGCCGUCAUGCUGCUGAGGCCCGCCUCGUAUCCCGCCCUCCCGGAGCUGAAGAGCGUCAUCGCUAUUCGUGGUGUUCAAGACGAGAUAGGAAGCCGGGAGGAGGAAACACGCAGAGAGGAAGUCAAAGAGCCGACCCCUUCGUGGUUGUGGGCCGUGGUUGCUAUGGCAGCAGCCUUGCUCUUGGCUCUGGCCCUGGUGGUCUUCCUGGUCAUGAGGCGGGUGAGGCAGCAGAGAAGGGAGAGAGAGGGCGGCGGCCAAGGGGGGCCCCAGGUGAGACACCGCUACGCCGCCACCGACAACAGCGAGGUUAAAUCCAAGGCCUGGACGGCACAUGGCGCCACCCAGCAGGAACCAAGAGUGCGGUCGGGGGGGCAGAAGGACAAGAUGGGCCUGAGGAAGAAGAAGAAAGCCAAGGAAGCGGAGAAGAAGAGGAGGAGGGAACCUCUCGGGGAGGAUGCCAUCAGAAUGAGACCUCUCAGAAGGGACCAGGACGUUGCCAGCGACACAGAUUUCACCCAGAGCUCCAUGGAGGACAUCAGCGUGAGGUGCGGGGGCCGCCAGGAGGACACUUCCAUCUGCGAUCACAGGGAUCAGGAGCUGAAACACUACCGGGUUGGCGGCUCACAGCCCCGCAGACCGGCACCUUCUUCAUCCAGAGGCUGGGAGAGGAACGCCAUGCCUCCACCUCUGCUCAGUCCUCCUCAGCAGUCGGCAGAGUGGUGUGGUCCGGACGGCUCCGUGGUUCUGAUCCGUGCGGUGCGGAGUGGACUGGAUAGAGUAGUACUGGAGCUUCUCAGAGCUGGAGUGCCUGUGAACAACACGGAUCACACUGGGAGAUCGGCCCUGCACUGGGCUUGCUCAGUUAACCACCUAUCCCUAACCAGAACGCUUGUCCGCUAUGGUGCCGCGGUGGACCUGCAAGACAAUAAGGGUGAGACCCCCCUUUUCCUCUCUGCCUUCUACGGUUGCUACGACACCGCCCGACUUCUCCUCCUCCACGGCGCCAACCUGGAGCUCCACGACCGUAGAGGGCGCCGCCCGGCCGAUGUGGCCCGGGAAGGCCUGCAUCACCAAGUCCUGGAGCUCCUGUUGGCGCACCAAAUCCAAAGAGUGCCCGCCACAGUUGAUUCCGCCAACGAGAUGCUAUGGGAGGAGCGAGCUUUGAUGUACUCGCCGUGGGUCGGGACGCAAGGGCUGCCUGGACGAAGCGCCUCUUUCUCCGGCAUGGUCGCGUCUCGAGACGUGACGCCACCGCCGCAGAGUAACUGGUCCAUGGGCGGCGUACCAUACCCGGCUCCUCAGAACUGGCGACCACAGCUCAACCAAUCGGCAACGGCGCUGGUGCCUCCCCGGGUCAUGGGCCGCUCCCCUCGCCCAAUCAGCACUCUGCAGGAGGUCACCUCGGAGGACGAGGACCGGGAGCGGCAACAGGAAGUUCCCAGAGCGGUCACGCCUCAUUUCCUGUCACCUCAGCCGGCCCCCCGGCAGCGCUCCUUCUCGUGUACCCAGCAUGCUUUGCAGCGCCGCUCCAGCGCCCACCAGCUGGAGCCCAACUACCUGAUUGUCACAGACAGAGUAGCUAGUGAGCACACAGAAAGGGCAACGAUGUCACAUCCCGUGGAUUCGGAUCCGGAUCCGAAUCGCCAGCCGGCGGCAAACGCCGAUGAGAGCAGCGGUGGAGAGCAAGCCGUCGUUCGCGCCUCCAAUUUGGAGCCAAAAUCGCGGGGGGAAAGGUCACACAGCAAUGCUGACGCCACGCAGACGGCCUUGUGAGCGACGCAAAAAGCAAUAAAAUAUCAACUUCCUGUCCUUUUCACCCUUAAAUGUUGGAAAAUAUACAAAAUCAUAACUUCCUGACUUUUUGUUACCGACAGUUCAGCGCAAAAAAAACAUCAAAGCUUGGACAUACACAAAAUCAUCGUCUUUUAUUGCAUGUAAUACCAGUCAAAUGUAUUUGAAGAGCUUGCAACCAAAAGGCGCUAAAUCCAUUUUGACUGAUUUGGAGAAAAUCAAUGAUUUUUAACUACGCACAUAUCAAUCUAUUUGGUCAUCAAGUCUAUAUUGCAAAUGAAAGAGCUAUCAAUAUAGGUCAUAAAAAUGCAUGCUAUAAAAAUCCUGCACACACCAUGUAUUUUAUAUUUUUUUUUUUUUUUUUUUCGGAUUUAGCGCCUUUUGGCUGAAAUAAAUUUGAAGUCACCUUUAACUUCUUCAAUGGCAUUGUCCCGGGUCUACCCCGCCUCUCACCCCAAGACAGCUAGGAUAGGCUCCAGCACCCCCGUGACCCUUGUGAGGAAAAGCGGUAGAAAAUCAAUGAAUGAGUUCUCCUCCUAGUUUGUGUGGAAGUGGUAACUUUUUGGCUUCUUAUUUUGUCUUUCCCCACCCUCGGCCAUCUCUGUGUGGAGUUUGCAUGUUCUCCCCGUGCAUGCGUGGGUUUUCUCCGGGUACUCCGGUUUCCUCCCACAUUCCAAAAACAUGCUAGGUUAAUUAGCCACUCCAAAUUGUCCAUAGGUAUGAAUGUGAGUGUGAAUGGUUGUUUGUCUAUAUGUGCCCUGUGAUUGGCUGGCCACCAGUCCAGGGUGUACCCCUGCCUCUCGCCCGAAGUCAGCUGGCAUAGUCCAGAAAAUGGAAGGAUUUUUCUUCACUUUGCACGAUCCCAAAGCUAAUCUCUAUUCUAACGUGUACGACGCAAGGAGUGUGAGCACUGCGGCCAACCAGUAGGGGGCAGCAGGCGCUGCAGCUCCAUUGCACAGGUGUGUGUCGCAGCAGUCAUUGGUGAAGGUGAAGUUGAGUCCCAUGAUGUACUUUUCACCUGAGAUGCUACAGAGGGAACGCAGGAUGCAGCUCCUCUCGUUAAUCAUCACACGGACGUCUCCUGAAAAUGACAACAACAAAAAAAGUAGUAGUCACUCAUCACAUCACAAUAUAUUAUCAUAUAUUCAUAAAUCAUGCUGUUUUAUUGUUAUAAGAAAAAUGCAUACAAAUUUGAUGUAUAGUUUGUCUAAAUGAAGCACUUUAAGCCAUUCAGAAGACAUGAUGAUAUGUAGUAUUCUACACUGGUCACUAGGUGUCAGUAUUGUUACUGUCAUGAAUGAUCUCACAAACAGGCACAAUAAUAAUACAGUAAACCUCGGAUAUAUCGGACUCGGAUAUAUCGGAAAUUCGCUCACAACGGACAGAUAAAAAAGAAGCGAUUUUUCUGUAAUGCAUUUCCAAUAAAAAUUCAUUGCAUAUAUCGGAUUUUUUAUAACGGAUUUCGCCUAUUUCGGACAAAAUCUCCAGUCCCGUUCCAAUGCAUUUCCAUGAAAUUUCCCUCGCAUAUAUCGGAUGGCCGCAUCGUGGCGCUCCGAUUCGCCGAAUCGUGACAUUCCGCUAUACGACGUAAUUUGCAGCGUUUGCAGCGUUGCCUGCGCGUCCAGGUACAUUGGAAACAUAGUCAAGGAAGUGCCUUUUUAUAACGGAUAAAAUCCCAUUUACGCAUAUACCGGAUAUAAAUCCCAUAUAUGCGUAAAACGGACAUUUUCCGGUAUACGCAUAUAACGGAUUUCGCUUAUAUCGGACAAAACCAGUGGGAACAAUUGAAUCCGAUAUAUCCGAGGUUUACUGUAAUAAUCCCUAACGAAGGCUACUGUUGCGGCUCCAAUUAAACUCUGAACCUUUGACAACACUUCCUGUCUGCGCAAAUAUACACAUUUACAGCAACACAUACGGGCACCAGUCUUAUUUACGUCUUAAAUUUCUCUUAUUAUGUCGACUACAUCGCGCAGACCUCACAGCUAGGAGACCAGGGUUCAAUUCCACCCUCGGGCAUCUCUGUGUGGAGUUUGCAUGUUCUCCCCGUGCAUGCGUGGGUUUUCUCCGGGUACUCCGGUUUCCUCCCACAUUCCAAAAACAUGCUAGGUUAAUUGGCGACUCCAAAUUGUCCAUAGGUAUGAAUGUGAGUGUGAAUGGUUGUUUGUCUACAUGUGCCCUGUGAUUGGCUGGCGACCAGUCCAGGGUGUACCCCGCCUUACGCCUGAAGACAGCUGGGAUAGGCUCCAGCACCCCCCAUGACCCUUGUGAGGAAAAGCAGUAGAAAAUCAAUGAAUGAGUUCUCCUCCUAGUUUGUGUGGAAGUGGUAACUUUUUGGCUUCUUAUUUUGUCUUUCCCCACCCUCGGCCAUCUCUGUGUGGAGUUUGCAUGUUCUCCCCGUGCAUGCGUGGGUUUUCUCCGGGUACUCCGGUUUCCUCCCACAUUCCAAAAACAUGCUAGGUUAAUUAGCGCUCCAGCACCCCCCGCGACCCUCGUGAGGAAAAGCGGUAGAAAAUGAAUGAAUGAAUGAAUGAAUGUCGACUAUAUUUGCUAAUAGAAGUGUAAAGGUGACUAUAGGGGUGUUAUUUCAUGUCUAGAGGGCUCUGAUGUAUAUGUAAAACUGUAUUUAGAAGCUUAAUAAUAUUCAAUUUCUUACCAAAGAAUAAAUGUGCAAUUAAGUGCAUGUUUUGAUGAAUAUUUGAGGCCUUCACCUUUCUGUCCCACAGCCGUGCUGGACAAGCAGACUUGCCCUUCAGGACACUGGAGAGGGAACACGAUGCAUUGGAGAGGUGCGAUGGUUGGAAAGACACAAGUGUAACAAAAGAGAGGAACUGAAAAACAAGAUUAGUAUUUUACAAGGGGUGCUUAGAGGAAUAACAAAAACAACACUAAACUGUUGCUAUG